AUGGCAUUCGCACUCUUCUCCCCUCCCUCUACGAUCCUCCGUCUCGGACUAGGCCUCGGCAUCGGCCUCUCCGCCGCCACGCUCUAUCCCCAAUCCCCCUUCCGCGCCGCACCGCUCCGAUGCGACUGGCCCUCGUCCGGCUCCGGAUCUGCCUCUCGACCGACCGCCGCCGAGAUCAAUUUCACCGGACGAUCGUCUUCCUCGACGGAGGCCGGGAUCGCGACACAGGCGAAGAACGCCCUCCUCACCCCGGAGAACAUGCGCCAGAUCAGUUUGGGAAGUGUGUUGGGCUUGGUUGCCGGCGUGGGGUUGAGGGCGUUUUCAAAGGUGUUGGUUGUGGUUCUGGGCAUGGGGGUCGUGCUUGUCGAGUGGGCGGCGUCCAAGGGUUAUAAUAUCGUUCCUUUGGAGCGAGUGACGGGGUUCAUUAAGAAUACCAAUGUGCGCCGUAUGGUCAAUGAAAAUCGGCCAUUCAAGAUUAGCUUUGGAGCUAUGAUGGCCAUGGCUGCGUUUGCGCAGUUUUAG